GCUAGAUUUCCCUGCCAAGCUGUGCACAACGGUGUGAGAAGAGAAGGCCGAGGUGAUGGAAGCCAAGAGCUUCCACAGCCUUAGUCUUUCCAUUGCCCGGGUCUUCGAGCUCCUCUUCUCGUCGAUCACCACCACCUUCUUGUUGGAACAAAUUACUGUGGCAUGGAGGCAAUUCAGGGCAUUUGCCGUCGUGCCGAUCGUGAAGGCCGCCGUGAUUGCCUGCUUGAUCAUGUCGAUGAUGAUGCUCGUCGAGAAGGUCUUCAUGGGCUUGGUUAGCCUAUACGCGAAGGUGUUUCGCCGGAGACCGGAGAGGAUGUACAAGUGUGACCCCAUUGCUCAAGAUGAAGAGGUUGCCACCUUAGCCUAUCCCAUGGUCCUCGUCCAAAUUCCCAUGUACAAUGAGAAAGAGGUGUACAAGUUGUCCAUAGGAGCUGCCUGCAAUCUGAUAUGGCCGGAUGAUCGAAUCAUAAUACAAGUGCUGGAUGAUUCAACUGAUCCAGUGGUCAAGGACUUGGUGAAAAAGGAAUGUGAAAAAUGGUUCAAAAAAGGAAAGAAUAUAAAAUACGAGACAAGGGACAACAGGAGCGGAUACAAAGCCGGCGCUUUAAAAGUAGGAAUGAAGUAUAGCUACGUGGAGACUUGCGAGUAUAUUGCCAUGUUUGAUGCUGACUUCCAACCUUCACCGGACUUUCUCAUGAGAACUGUUCCAUUUCUUGAGCAUAAUCCUGAUAUUGCUCUUGUGCAAGCUCGAUGGCAGUUUGGUAAGUUUGCAUAUGCUUAG